UGCUGCAUUUACAAAUAGUGGCAUCUCAUUCAUCCAGCGCAUCACAGCAUAUACAAAGCCCAAGACCGUCCGGCCGAUCCUAUAAACGAAACUUGAUAGCCCAGAACGUUUGCGAUAUUGUGACCGAUCCCAGUCAGACAACUGACAUCAACCUCCAUCGAGAUUCUCCGCACGCGAAGGGAACCAACCGUUCAUUGCAAUAAGAAAUGGUCAAGCUUCGCAACCGAGAUAUCGGCUCGCCGGCACCCUCCACAAGGGAGGUCCGGUCUCCCACCGAGAUAUCCGUCAGACGCUCAAAUAGACGUACUAUCGGUACGUCAUCAGAUGACGACGAGUACCAACCUGGCCCACCUUCCAAAAGAAAGAAGGCCGAUAAGGCACCAGCCCUUGUACAGGCUUCAAAGCCGAAGCCAAAACGUAGGCAAAACCGAAAGCCGCGAAUCACUAAGCGCGAGAAAGACCUCGAGGCUGAGCUCGAUGAGACGCGAGAUGAACACGCUGGCAUCGCUGCGCAACUCCGUGAGAAUAACGAUCAGAUCACCUCAGAGCUUGAAAAGAUGCGAGUGGACUAUAUCAAGCUCGAGAAGGACGGAAAAGUGGCCAUUGAGGAAAUGAGUGCAAGACUUGUCAGGAAAUCAGCCGAGAUGGAGACGAUCCAGGAAAGAUACCGGGUCCUCGAAGAACAAGCUCGCGCCUUCAAGCGAGAUCGGACCGCUCAGGCAUCUCUUGUUCCGGUGUCCCAGAAGACGGAGGAAGAGUACCUUCGGGACCUUCAACACUUGAAUCAGAGUAUCAGAGACCUUACUCAUCGAUUAUCAAGAGGUUCGAAGGAGAGGAGGGAAUCCUUGACGUUCAUCCUGAUCGACCAACUCUGGAACAAGGUGUUUAGCGUUCUGGUCUUGGGAGAGGAUGACGCGGAUGAUGAGGUGCUGAAGUCGUUUCAUCGCGGGUUGCAAGGGAAUGCCCAAACAAUGUUUCAGGGCUUACUCUAUGCGUCCGAGAACGUCAGGUCGAGAGACCAGGAUACGAUGACCGAAGAGCUUUGUAGGCGGAUCUUGGAGGAGUCGCCGGAGCUGCGUAGCAUUCAGGACAUCCAGACAGUCGUUCAGAUGGCUGUUAGGCUUCACUGGGCGAUGUCUAGCGAAGUCAAGCAAGCCCGGCUGGUCUACUUCUCGAGAGGGUCGGUGUUCGACGCGGGGACGAUGCACACACGGGGUCAGAGCGGUACCGCCGGUGCCGCCGAGGCAGACCAGACUGUUGGAAGAUGUCUAGGAUUUGGAUUCUACGGUUCCGCGGGGACCCUUGAGAAAGUGUUGGUGACGAUCGAGGAGGAUUGCCUGUAGAGAGGUCGUUCAUGUAACAUCAGCGUGUCGCAGAUUUCGUAUGAUAUAGGACUCAAGCAAUUUGUACUGCCGACGACGUUAAUAUGUCAAUGAACACGAAGGUGAUGGA